CCUUAUAAGUCCCCUGCGUUCCUGCUCUUUCCCCAGUUCCUUCUUUCUGCCGCGUUAGCUGCUCUGGAACUUCGCUUCUGCUUCUCUUGCUUGUUUUACUGGACUUUUUACUAUCGGACCGUUUGACCACUCUUGAUCUGACACCCCCCCCCCAUGUAUUGUUGACCAUUCUGCGCAUCUUUACCGACCUCGCCUCUGGAUUUUGAUUCGGCUCACGAUGUCACCAGCACCGUUUAAAAAGUGUGACAUCUGCAGGGUUAAGAUUCCCGAUCAAGACCCCCAUUCAUCUAGUUUUCUGUCCCUCAGGGAAGCCGACAACACCAAGGCUUGUACCUUGUGUAAGUCGCUGACUCCUCAGGCCAGGAAGAACCGCGAUUCUGCCUGUUGGCCGCCCUCUACCAGAAGGCCUCUGCACUCCGCUUCGGCACCUGCUGCCUUGGAGUCGAUACUGGCUGCUGCUGGCCCUGUGGCCCAGAGCUCCACCACUGAGCCGAGUGCCACCAUCACAGCCCCUGGGAAGGGUGAUGGGACCGAGGGAGCUCGCAAGAUGAGUUCGAGGUCUAAGUUUUCCAAAAAGGACAAGACCAAGUCUAAGGACUCGAACUCCACCAAAGACUCGGAUUAUGGCAAGGAUAAGAGCUCCCUAGUGGAUCCAAGCUUGAAAUCCUCGUUGAAAAAGAGACACCAGCCCUCAGAUGCGGGAGAUGGUUCUCCUUUGGGCUCCCCGAAGAAGGUGCUGGAUUUGGAAGACUCCUCCGCUCAAGGCUCGUCCCAUAAGAAGGCCCAUUCCAAGACGCAUUACAGCUCCUCUCAUAAAAAGUCUCGCACCAAGACUCCAGACGGCUCUCGGCCUUCCUUAAAGCAUCUCAAAACUCCCUUGGUACCUAUACAGACUGAGUCAGUACUGUUGGGACACGACUCUUCCCGGGCUCAUUCAAUGCCAGCGUCAGUCCUGGCCUCUUCCCUGCCAGCCAUGGUGGCCUUUCAUCAGCCUUCUGAUGAUGAAGACGUCUCCACCUCUCGGUCACCUCAUUGCCGUUCUACCUCUUGGUCACCUCCUCACCAUUCCCCAACCCCGGUUCCUCGGGUUCAAGUUCAUGAGGCCGAUGUCCAUCACCAUGAGGAUUCGGACUACUUCUACAACAGUGAGACUGACAGGUACUUCCUUGCUGUCAGUCGUGAAGUGGUCCACAGUCAGCUGGGACCGAGAACCACUGUGCCUCCAAUGCCUAGGCCCACUUUGCCAUCAACGGCGAAGUCUACUUCUUCCACGGUACUGCCAAUGCAUUCCACCGUGUCACCAACGCACGCAACCACUCCUCCACCAACGCGCAAGGCCACUCCCCCACCUACAGUACCGGCACCCGCACUGGUUUCCAGGCCUCUCCCUUCUGUAGCGGCUGCUACCCAGACUCAUCAUUCUUCAACUCAGGCCAUCCUCGACACCGAUUCCAGAUCCGAUGUCGAAGGUUCUCAUGUGUCCCAGGUUGAUCUUUGCUCCACCGAUGAGGUCGCUCCUCAAUCCCCCCAGGAACUUUUCCAUCCAGGUACUUCUUUGUCUACAGAUGAUGUGCGUUCAUUUUCGGAGCAUGUCAUCAAGAUGGCAAACACCCUUGAUCUCCAGCUGUCACACAUUGAGGAUGAUGCCGCGAACCCAGUGGAGAAGCGGAUCCAUGGCAAGGUUCCAACACCUCCAUUCGUUCCACUCUUGCUGUCACUGGAGAGGAUUGCUAAGCACUCCUGGGACACCUCUGCCUCGCUGUCUGUUUCUUCUAGGAAGAUCGAGUCUCUCUAUAGGAUCUCGCCUUCCCAGUGUUCCUGGCUGUUGUCACACCUGAAACAGAACUCGGCAAUUGUUGAAGGCUCCCAGCAAUCCCUCACCCCGAAGAUGUCAACAUCGCCUGCCGACCGUGAGGCCAAGAAAGUAGACGGCCUGGCCAAGAAAGCCUAUUCUGUGUUGGUGCUGGGGCUCAAGGUGGCCAAUUAUAACGCGUGCAUGGGAGCCUACAUCCAGUGCUUCAUGGAGAAGAUUUCUCCCAUCAUCCUUGAUGUCCCUGAUGACUGCCAGCAAGUCCUCUCCGAAAUUAGGAGAGGAUGCAGAUGGGCACUCCAUUGGGGGCUGGCUUAUCACCUGUGCUUGCCACUCCACAGAUUGCUCAGCGAAAUCUAUGGCGGCUGCCUUUGCGCUCAGAAGACAUGCCUGGCUCCGGUCAUCAGACUUGAAUCCGGGGGCGGUCCACCAUUGAGGACAUGGCCUUUGAUGAUGCUGGCCUUUUCAACAAGGAGACAGAUGAGCGCCUCAAUUUCAAAUACAGAAUGAAGGUGGCGGCCACGAAGCAUGGGACUAUGGUUUGCGACGAUCGACUUGAAGGAUGCCUAUUUCUACGUGGGGAUUCGAGAGAGUCACCGGAGGUUCCUGACCUUUGCUGUCAGUCCUGACAAGCACCACUACAACUUCCUUCCCUUCGGCCUCUC